GACGGUAGAGCAUCAUUCGUCUCUCAGCAAUCACACAGCUGUCUUACGAAGCCUUUGUUUCACCGUCGAACCACCGAGUCGAUCCAACCGCAGUCAUGUACAAAUUCGCCGCUCUGUUCGCUCUGUUCGCCUGCGCUUUGGCCGCGCCGCAUCCCGAACCGGCACCUGGUCUCCUGGCUGCUCCUGUCGCGCUCCACGCUGCUCCUGUGGUCGCCGCACCGCUCGCGGUAGCGCACACCGUGCCGGUCGCCACCAGCUACGCCAACACCUACAAAGUCAGCGUGAAGAGCCCGCUGGUCGCUACGGCACCUUACUACGCCGCUGCUGCACCCAUCGCCACCGCUGCCGUCGUCAAGGCCGCCCCUCUCGUCGCCGCCGCGCCGGCUGCCUCCAUCUACGCACACGCUCCGGUCGUCGCCGCAGGGUACACCCUCUGAGCGGACCAACGCCAACGAACGACCGGCCAACAACGUUCUACCCUGAACCGAGAGCCGCUCUAGUCGACCUGCUGCUCCUCAACACCCUCGUCGUAUCCGAUGAUGCGGCGACAGCCACGUGGCCAUGCCGUGACGAUGUCGUUUAAUCUCCGAAAAUAAAUUUUAUCGACGUUCAGCUCAAA